AUGGCCUACACAAAUGCUCUUCGAGAUGGAUUUGAGACGAUUUUCGACGUCUGUAUAGCGUCCGUGAUGUGUCACUCGAGUCCGCCUUAUCUCAUGGAUCAAACGAUGAAUUUCUCGUACGGAUGGGACGGAAGCCUGCCCGCACCCGUCUUCUCCGAAGCCUCGUACGAUUGUCCGCGAUAUUCCCGCUGUCCGCCCCUCGUCCCCAUCAGAGCCAAAUGUACCGACCUAAACUAUUGGGAAUUCCAAGAUUUCAAUGUCAGUUCUCUGUGCUCAGGAAACCCACGAGACUACGUUUACUCCUCGUACGACGGUCUGUCGUACAAACGCUACCCAGGGCCCUUGAAUCGGACCGCGGCCAGCCAGGUUUGCUGCCGGGACGGAGCACGACUCGCUUCCGACACGAGUUACAACACCUUCAAAUCCAUCCGACUCGUCGCCCCCGACACCACCGAAGCCAUUCUGCAAGGCGCCACCGACGAGGACGAGGAGGGCACGUGGAUCUACGAGGACACAAGUUGGUUUCGUGCUCAGUGCGUUAAAGCACCCUGCAACGUCACCAGUUCGUUGCCCAGGAGUUUGCUUUCAGGAAUUCCAGUCUACCAUGACAUCUUGGAAAUAUUUUCUCCGCAGAUGAAGUUUCGAGGGUCCUCCGACCUCAGAUUCCCUCGACAGUGGAAUACAGAAAUGCAUCUACUCGAAUUGGGUGGAACCAAUUCCUAA